UUCAAUAACAACGUCUCAUUGACACAUUUACCAUUUGCCGUAAGCCGCCCCUCUUUUUAUCAGCUCAUUGAAUCAAGCGCAACUCCAACUGCCCUUGGUUAGGACUUUUUUUUUUUUUUUUAGGAAACGUCCAAACGCAACAGCCACAUUUAUUUAACUUAUCAAAACUUGUGUGCUAGGUUACGCGCCUCCGGUAUGCUUCAGAGGAGUUCAACACUCCGAUAUUUUCUGGGCCUCGUACCUGGGAAACGUCGUUUUGGUCCGUAUAGAUUUCUUCCUGUCUUUUUUUGCAUUGGAGGUGUCAUGGAGUGGAUUAUGAUCAACGUGAGGAUAGGAAGAGAAACGUUUUAUGAUGUCUACCGAAGAAAACGAUCAGAGAGGGAGUACCAGCAGAAAGUGGCGGAUGGUGUGAUAGUUUUAAAUGAACCUACAGCCAAGUGAAUGAUGUUUGUGUGGGCUUGCCACAUUUCAUCAUGGACACAUCCUUGGAAUUUUAUCACAGAAUUGAAAACCUCAAAUCCAUUACAUUAUGGUAAAAUCAUGCACAUUUUAUUGUUAUAUCUACCAAAUUACACAUACUGUAUGCUCACAAUCAUGUUUGAACUACUUGAUUUGGCUUUAAAUACAAAAUUGCGCCUGCCAAGAAGAAAAGUGUCUUUAGUGUAUUUAUAUAGUGCUGUAUAUUCCGCAGGACGAAGAACAAAUUUUCUGUCACUUCUAAUGAUUAAACAGUUAUGUUUAUGGA